CGAGACGCGAACACUUCGUGUGUUGCUACAAAACACAUGAAAUACAACAAAAAACAAUCGAUGUGAUAAAAAAAAACUAUUUUCAACUAGGCAACAAGGAUAAUAAGUGUGCAAAGGGACUAACGAAUUUAAAGUGAAAUUUAAAUACGAACAACCGAAAGAACUCGAAAGUCAAAAGGGGCUCUUGAAAAAUGUCAGUACAAAGUGUGUGUUCCUAAAAAUGUUCUUAUUACAGCGGUUUAUAUUCGCGCUUGCGCUCGUUUUACUCACGUUGGUGGUGCUAUGCGCCUGCGCGCCCCAAAGCUAUUAUGCCUCAAACUCUUAUUCAACGGGCUCAGCACCAUAUCGCGCGAGCCCUUAUCGGCGCGCCGGUUAUUCUCCUUAUCGGGACUAUAACCGCGAGUAUUAUGACGCGUUGCGACAACGACGCCUGCGCGCGUUGGCCGACAGCUACAAAGGCAUUUACAACAGCAUCAGCAGCAGUACCAGCAGCCGUGGUGACAGCGGCACCAGCAGCCGUGGUGACAGCGGCACGAGCAGCAAAACACAGCGCUACUAUUCCUCCUCACGUUUGCCCAUCUCCGCAGUCGCUAUAAGCGCUAGCAACAACGAUAAUAACGGCAGCACAAGUACCAGCCUUUAUGCUAGCGACAGCAAUGAUCCGUAUAACAGUAAAUACAACAGAUACGAUGCUUACGCAUUCGAUAGUAAGCGCGCUACGAACAGCGCAUCCAGCGCAAGAAAAAAUAAGCAGCAGGAGGCAAGCGCCAACAGCAAACCGCGCAUUAGCAAAGCUGACGAAGAGAAUGCAAAAUUUGCUGGUCUUCGAAAUCAAGAAGCCGAUGAGGAGAACACAAAAACUUUGUCGCAUUUGAAGCGUAAGAAGCUACGUCGCUGCUUUCCAUUUGGCCGCGACGCACAGGGCGCUGAAGUGACACCGCCACCAGCGGAGCAAGGGCGUUUGCUUUGGGAUUUGAAUGUCUAUAAUAUUUAUAAUGGAGGUGGUUAUCCUCCGCCUAUAUAUGGUGACAGUGGUGUUGGUUGCGGUGGACUUGGUGGCGGCUUGGGCGGCGUUGGUGGUUUGGCUAGCGCUUUUGCCGGCGCUGGUGGUUUUGGCGGCGGCGGUCUUCUCUCCGAUCCGAUUGCUGCUGCCUAUGCGCCACCCAAUAGAUUGAAUAAUUUCUUACAGCUAUUUGCUCCUGGCAUAUUGCAGAAUGCUUUAGCGGCGACAGCGCGUCCAUCCCUGCUCAGACCUCAAGCCGAUACCACCGCGAGUGGUGCUAACGAUUUGGCUAGUGAUCCGGACGUUGAUCCUGCCUAUACUCCUGUCGCAGCCAGACCACCGCCGGUGAGAAGACCUAACAGGGUUUACUAUGAUUCAGCGGGUGCGGCGCCCGUAACACCUGCCCAAUUGGUAGGCGGUGUAGCCACCACUGUUAAUGGUAUCAUACAGCAACUAACUGGCAAUGUUCAGCCGGUAUACCCGGGUUAUAGGUCGCUAAGUUAUGGAAAAUAAGAAACCUUCAAAUGUUUCCAAAUGCGCUAAUGAAGUUAUAUACAAAUAUACUAUAUAAUUUUUAGUUUUACAUAUAUUUACUUUUAAUCUUAGAAGUAUGGUGUUUACUAUGUUCCUCAAAGAAAAUUUGUAUGUAUAAAUAAA